CAAUCGCAUAUCAUUACCACGUGUCGAUUUUUCAAUGCCAACAUUCUGGCCACAAACGUGCACCCACUUUUCACGAAAAUUUAGGCCCAAACAAAUGCACAAACUUGUUCCCAUCACAAAGCACUUAAUUUUAUAUCAUAAAUCAAAAUUAAAAUGAAAAUCGCUGAUACAACACAUCAAAUUGCUAAAAAAGGCAUCCGGAAACGAUAGAAGACGAUGAUGACGAUGAUAGAGACAAAUGAACAAACUUGUUCCAAUCACAAAGCACUUCAUUUUAUAUCAUAAAUUUAUAAUAAAUCAAAAUUAAAAUGAAAAUCGCUGAUAAAACACAUCAAAUUGCUAAAAAAGACAUCCGGAAACGAUAGAAGACGAUGUAAACAAAAGGGAAAAACGUCAAAAACGCUACGAAAACUUUUUUAUAAAAUUCGAUUACAAAUACAACGAUGGCGGAUUGCGUGAUCUGUAGUCGUUGGUUCAUGCUCGGAAAUAGGAAAUGUAGCCCACAAGAAGCUCGGGAUGUAACUAUGCCUUCAUGCAAAACCAAAUGAUUUAAAGGUUGAACCACCCUAAUGUAAAAGAGCAUUGACUUGAGCCGAGCACACAAACAUACUCAGGCAUAUAUACGGCCUACCUUUAUUGCUACGCCGUUAGCAAUACAUGUAUUAUUUCCCGUUGUAAUAUAAUUUCGUUAAGUUUCCCCUCCGAGCAGUUGGCUGCCGGCGGGUAAACUUAACUUUGUCAAAGCGGGACUUUUUCACUUCAUUCGAGCUAUCAAGGAGACCGGACGACUUCAGCCAUCACCCAGCGAUACAUAUUCAAAGGUAAUCAUAUUGUACACCCACUGAGUUAUUCGAUAAUAAACCCAAUUGAAAUCAUAGCUAUUAUCUACUAAUACACUUGGUUGUGUUUCAUUUCAUUUUCUUUUUUUCAAUUAACAUUGGUGCUACUGCGGGAGUUGCGACCCACUGGUUCACCGAUCGUUCAUGGUCCAUCAACGCCGAAAUUCAAAGUAACCAGAGAUCAUUUAUAUAUAUAAGCAAAGGUCACGGAAGCUAUCACAAAAACGCCCCAGAUUAGAUUCACUCAUCGAGCAGACGUCUUUCCACACAAAAUAAUAAGGAGCCAAAGGACCGAUAUAUACGGUGCGGCAACACGCAAAAGCGCUCAAAUUACCACCAGCUCACCAGAAACCCUACCAACACAGCGACACAUAAAGGCGCAAAUCUUUUCAGCAAACAGCACAAGUCACCAAAAGUUCAAAAACUAGUUACAAAGGUACAUACAUACAUACGGGUAUGCAAGACGAACAGUAACACCAGUGCGCGCGACAACGAUUUUAGUAAAAACUUUUCACACAUCAACGAUGCAUCGCUUCCCCUCGAUGAGAAAGAAGGCCGAGCAACAAUCAAACCGCUUUGCUCUAGCGUGCCGUUUAUGCCAAGGUAUGCAUCCGAUACGGCUCUGUCCAUCAAUCCGCGGUAAAACUCCCGAAGAGAGACUGAGGGAGGCACUGAUUGGUCGCUUCUGCGGAAACUGACUGUCCAUGAAGCAUUGGUCUGACGAGUGCACGAGUGAAGAAAGAUGUCGUCGAUGCCGCGAAAAACACCAUACAACGCUGCACAGCCGAUUGAUACACGACCAUGGAGCGAGCAAGUUGCUAGUGAGGACGAGUCCGAGCCUCCUCAGCUGGUCGACACGAGACCAUGGAGCCAGCAAGUUGCUAGUGACGACGAGUCCGAACGCGCGUUAUCUAUAAACGCGUCCGACUACGCAAAUGAAACCACGCCGCUCCGCCCAGAAGAUGAACCAGCAGAAUCCACACCGGAAUCUUGGACUCCCCGCCCGACUAUAACCAGGGGAUCGGAAACUCGGCCUUUCCGACCCCUGUUAGCACACGAACGACGCCGGGAACGUGGAUCGGAAACACGGCCUUUCCGACCGCGGUCAACAGCCCGGCAGAACCGUAGAGCGGAAACUAGGCCUUUCCGCCUGCGGCAAAGACGAGAGGAGUCAAACAGGCCCAAUCGCGAUCAGGGUAGACUGGAGACGAGGCCUCGCCAGCUACCCAUCGCAUUUCGAGCGGGUCGACUCGCACGCGAAACCCAAGCGUUACGACCGGUCACGUCUAUUGAUCCUACGGUCGUGGUAAAAAUAGAAGCUCGUGGACGGCUGCACCUUAUACGCGCGUUAAUCGACGUAUGCUCUCCGACUUCGAUAAUUUCAACAGAUUUAGCGGUAGAACUCAGGCUUGACGUUUCAAAUUUCGGAACCCAACGUGGCUGUCUACUGCGUCUGAGGGGAAAACACGGCCAGAACACCAGGUUGGCUAUCCACGCCACAAUGAUAAAAAAUUACGUUCGUGUUAGCCCCACUAGUAGCGUCGAUCCAUCAGUAGCGACAGCGUAUACGCACAUACGAUUAGCGGAUCCAAACUUUUAUACGUCUACACCGAUUCGCUUAGUAUUGGGAGCCGGCGUAUACCCAGACAUCGUACUGCCGGGUAUGCUCCCAAACACGUUUAGUCCCUUUAUCGCGCAAAGCACCAUUUUUGGAUGGAUGCUCUCAGGAGUAUGUCGCUCUUAA